AUAGGUUACGUGAGGGAUCCUUUCUUAAGGAGUGGCCAGAUGGUGCUGAAGUUUCCUUGUGUUGUCUGCUCCUGACCAAUACAGGCAUUUUGCUCUCAGACAUGGGGAGCAGGGAGGGCCCAUGAAGGAGCUGCUGGGUCAGCAGCUCCUCAGGGGCAGAAGUUAUAAACCUGGGACUGAAACAGCGCUUAGCUCUGAACUGCCCCACUCUGCACCAUGAGCAGAGGCUGGGGGAGCAGGCUUCUCCCCUGGGAGUGAUGGGCACAGCAUCUCAAAUCGCAAUAGGGAGGGCGGGGCAUGGAGCCCCACUCCUGGCUGGCAGAUUCUUCUUGGCCUCCAAUACUCUGGCUUUGGUGGGUUGGUUUGUCUGAGCCAGUGUUUUGGCUGCUCUGGUUACUAAGGAGGUGGCACAGGCGGUGGCUGGAGUUUGGGGAACGCUGGCUCUGGGCUCAUCUCUAGCCCUCACUUGCUGGCCGGUGUUUCCUCCCCAUGAAAUAGGGUACAGUGAUGCCAACCUGUCCUUGGUAAAGUGCGUUGGGACCCAGAGCUGAGAAGAGCUGGGUAUCCUUGCUGGCAAGUGCUGUGAAGGCCAAGUCGCUGCUCCCCCCCCGAUGUCCCGUUCCUCUGGUUUCUGGAGGGCUCCUCUUGCAUUUGGUGUCCCUCUUCUGUUCUCUUUCUUGCUUUGCAAGCCAACAGAUAUGGCAGCUGUGGAGCCUCUGUGGCUCCUGAACCCCACAGCAGCCAGCUGUCCAGCCCUGCGCUUCUCCUGCAGUGACAGUCCGUGGCUUCAGGGCCCUGUUUACCAUCCAGUUAAUAAAUGAACAGGAAUCAGUGAAACUUUCCAAACACAGAGCUGGCUCUGUAGUGAUUCUGGGGCGGGUGGGAGCCCUGAUGCUAAAGCUCAGAGCUGGAAAGCAUUCCAAGCUGUGCGGGGGCAUUCGCAGCCCAGUUCCAGAGACUCUUUCCCCAACUCCAGCCCCCACCACCCUGCAGGUGCAGUGGGCUGGCACUUGGCUGUGAAACUGGAGAGAGCUGGUUUGAGUUUGCACUUUAGUUCCUGUCAGGAAGGGAGCUCUGAGAUCUGAGUUAAUCCCAGCGCUAAGGAUGUCUCAGUUGCUCUGGCCUUUUGUGAGAUUCCUGCUUCUGAUUGAAGUGGCAGCCUCUGUGAACUUUUUCCACCACCGCUAUGAGCAGCUGGUACAGGCCCUGUUCAAUGUGCACAACGAGUGUCCCGAUAUCACCAGGAUUUACACUAUUGGCCGCAGUGUCCAGGGGAGACAUCUCUACGUCCUGGAAUUCAGUGACAACCCUGGAAUCCAUGAACCCUUGGAGCCAGAGUUCAAGUAUGUUGGGAACAUGCAUGGGAACGAGGUUCUGGGCAGGGAGCUGCUGCUCCAGCUCUCUGAGUUCCUGUGUGAGGAGUAUCGCCAGCGGAACGAACGGAUCACACGGCUCAUCUGGGACACACGCAUCCACAUCCUGCCCUCCAUGAACCCAGACGGAUAUGAAGUGGCUGCCAACCAGGACCCGGAUGCCAUUGGGUACCUGACGGGCAGGAACAAUGCCAACGGAGUUGACUUGAACCGUAACUUCCCUGAUCUCAACACUUUCAUGUACUACAAUGAAAAAAAUGGUGGCCCCAAUCACCACAUCCCUCUUCCAGCCAACUGGAAAAGCCAGGUGGAGCCAGAAACACUGGCUGUGAUUCACUGGAUGAGCCGCUACAACUUUGUCCUCUCAGCCAAUCUCCAUGGUGGAGCUCUCGUGGCGAACUACCCCUACGACAAAGCCCAGGAGCAGCGGAGCCGGGGCCAUCAGCGCAAAAGCAACACCCCAUCCCCCACGCCUGAUGACAAGCUGUUCCGGAAGCUGGCCAAAGCCUAUUCCUACGCCCAUCACUCGAUGCACCAGAGCCCAACCUGCGGAGAGCAGUUUGCAGAUGGCAUCACCAAUGGGGCCUCCUGGUAUUCUCUCAGCAAGGGCAUGCAGGACUUUAAUUAUCUUUACACCAACUGCUUUGAGAUCACUCUGGAGCUGAGCUGCGAUAAAUUUCCACCUCAAAAGGACCUGGAGAAGGAGUGGCUGGCCAAUCGUGAGGCGCUCAUCACCUACUUAGAGGAGGUUCAUCAGGGUAUCAGAGGACUGGUGUCCGAUGAGAACAACAAUGGGAUUGCAGGUGCUGUGAUUUCUGUCCAUGGGAUCGGCCACUAUGUCACUUCCGGUGAUCAGGGGGAUUAUUUCCGGUUGCUGCUGCCUGGCACUUACACCAUCACUGCCUCAGCGGAUGGGUAUCGACCACAGACAGUGACCAUAACAGUUGGCCCAGCCGGGCCUUCGCUGGUCCAUUUCCAGCUCAAACAAGACACACUAAAAAGGCCCACGGAGAAAAAGGCCCCAGCCACCAGCCUGAGCAGCAAAGCCCUUCAGAAGAAGGUAGUGCCGAGAGCAGCCCAUAAGAAGACACAGACAUGAAGAUGGCCCAAUCAGCCAAGAACUGGAGGAGUCCUAUGAAGUAGCUGAGAUCGAGAACUCCAACAAGUGAAUGUCCUAACAGGCAGCAUAACAAGCCUAAAUUGCCUAGUUUAUUAAAUGCAGAAAUAUUUAA